CCCCUCGCCCGUCUGCGCGUCGCUCUGGGCUGGCGGCCGCGGCGGCGCGGCGCGCGCGGGUGGGUGGGAUCGUGGCGGAGCGCCGGGCGCCGGGGCAGGGGCGAGAGAGCGCCAUGGCGGCUGCUGUGGUGGCGGCGGCGGCCUCCGGUGCCCGUGCCGCGGCGACGUGAGGAGGGCCGCCUCUGUUCCGGGACCUAGGAGGCCACAGCUGCCCUGUGCCUUCCACGCGGGCCGCGGCCUCGGCAUGGCCGGGAUCAUUAAGAAGCAGAUCCUGAAGCACCUGUCCCGGUUCACUAAGAAUCUUUCCCCAGACAAAAUCAACUUGAGUACCCUGAAAGGAGAAGGUCAGCUGACAAACCUGGAGCUGGAUGAAGAGGUUCUGCAGAAUGUGCUGGAGCUGCCCACCUGGUUAGCCAUCACUCGGGUCUACUGCAACAGGGCCUCCAUCCGGAUUCAGUGGACAAAGCUGAAGACACAUCCAAUUUGCUUGUGUCUAGAUAAGGUAGAGGUGGAGAUGAAGACCUGUGAGGAGCCUCGGCCCCCCAAUGGACAGUCUCCCAUCGCCCUGGCUUCUGGACAGAGUGAGUAUGGCUUUGCAGAGAAGGUGGUGGAGGGGAUGUUCAUCAUCGUCAAUUCCAUCACUGUCAAGAUUCAUUCGAAGGCCUUCCACGCUUCUUUUGAACUGUGGCAGCUCCAGGGCUAUAGCGUCAACCCCAACUGGCAGCAGAGUGACCUCCGCUUUACUCGCAUCACCGACCCCCACCGAGGAGAGGUUUUAACAUUUAAGGAAAUAACUUGGCAGACACUUCGAAUUGAGGCAGAUGCCACAGAUAGUGGUGAUCAGGACCCAGUCACCACUCCACUGAGGCUCAUUACCAACCAAGGCAGGAUUCAGAUAGCCCUCAAGAGAAGAACCAAAGAUUCCAAUGUGAUAGCCUCCAAGUUGAUGUUCCUGUUGGAUGACCUGCUCUGGGUGCUAACUGACUCACAGCUCAAGGCUAUGAUGAAGUACGCUGAGUCACUGAGUGAGGCCAUGGAAAAGUCAGCCCAGCAAAGGAAGAGCCUGGCCCCUGAACCUGUGCAGAUCACUCCACCUGCUCCCAGUGCCCAGCAGUCCUGGGCCCAGGCAUUUGGUGGCAGCCAGGGCAACAGCAACAGCAGCAGCAGCCGCCUCAGCCAGUACUUUGAGAAAUUUGAUGUGAAAGAGUCCUCCUACCACCUGCUCAUCUCCCGCCUGGACCUGCACAUUUGUGAUGAUAGCCAGUCCCGAGAGCCAGGUGUCUCUGCAAACAGACUCAUGGGUGGUGCCAUGCAACUUACCUUCCGCAAGAUGGCAUUUGACUAUUAUCCCUUCCACCAGGCAGGUGAUAGCUGCAAACACUGGGUCCGGCACUGUGAGGCCAUGGAGACACGAGGCCAGUGGGCCCAGAAGCUGGUGAUGGAAUUUCAGAGUAAAAUGGAGAAGUGGCAUGAAGAGACUGGUCUGAAACCACCCUGGCACCUGGGAGUGGACUCUCCCUUCCGCAGGAAAGCAGAUUCUCUGUCCAGUCCUCGGAAGAACCUGCUUGAGAGAAGCCCAUCUCAGGGCCGGCAGGCUCCCUUUCGACCCCCAGCCUGGAAUCGCCUGCGCUCCAGCUGCAUAGUGGUACGGGUAGAUGACCUGGACAUCCACCAGGUUUCUACAGCUGGACAGCCAAGUAAGAAGCCUUCUACACUCCUUUCCUGCAGUCGGAAACUCCACAACCUGCCCACUCAGGUCUCUGCCAUUCACAUUGAGUUCACGGAGUAUUACUUCCCAGAUAAUCAGGAGCUUCCAGUUCCCUGUCCCAAUCUCUAUAUUCAGUUAAAUGGUCUGACAUUUACUAUGGAUCCUGUCAGCUUGCUCUGGGGAAACCUCUUCUGCCUGGAUUUAUACCGCAGCUUGGAGCAGUUCAAAGCUAUCUACAAACUGGAAGAUUCAAGCCAGAAAGAUGAACACUUGGAUAUCCGACUGGAUGCCUUCUGGUUGAAGGUAAGCUUCCCGCUGCAGAAGAGAGAACGGGCAGAGUCGCAUCGUCCCCAGGCCCUUGUCUUCUCAGCCUCAGGCAUGAUUGCUACUAAUACCCGCCAUGCCCCACACUGUAGCUGUCCAGAUCUCCAGAGUCUCUUCAGGGGCUUUGCUGCUACUGAGUUCUUUCACUCCAGUUAUGAUCGCUUUCCCAAGGUUCCAGGUGGCUUCAGUCUUCUACACAUGCUGUUUGUAUACCAUGCCUUCCAGAUGGACUCCCGCCUCCCUCAGCCUAGCACACUCCCUCCCCAGAGGCCUAAGGCUUCCCAGGAUCUCUGGUCCAUCCGCUUCACCCAGAUCUCCCUGGACUUUGAGGGAACAGAGAACUUUAAAGGCCAUACUUUGAAUUUUGUGGCCCCCUUUCCUUUAUCCAUUUGGGCCUGCCGCCCCCACCGCUGGGAGCAAGCCCAGGCACGGAAACUCCUCUUGGCCUCAGAGGGGAGGCUGAGACCAUCUGCCAGCUUCGGCAGUGCGGUCCAGGCUGAGGCCCUUGCCCCUGACUCUGUGUCCCAGCAGAGGUCAAGGACUGAGCAUGAUCUGAAAAGCUUGUCAGGACUCGCAGAGAUUCUGAGAGAAGGUGCUGGUGUGGAGAGCACGGGGCCCCUGGCAGAGCUCGAGGACGCAGCAGACAUGCACGUGCUUGUGCACGCCCCUGCCCACGUCUGCCUGAGGCUUGACCACUACCAGUACUUGGCUCUGCUCCGCCUGAAGGAGGUGCUGCAGGGGCUGCAGGAGCAGCUGACGAAGGAUACGGAGGCCAUGACCGGCUCUCCCCUGCAGGACCAGACAGCUUGCGUUGGCGUCCUCUUCCCCAGCGCGGAGGUGGCUCUUCUCAUGCAGCCUGCCCCGGGGACUGUUGAUGCUGACUCUGCAGGUUCGGAUACUACCAGCCUCAUAGAUUCAGAGCUGUCCCCUUCAGAGGAUCGGGAACUCAAGUCUGAUGCCUCUUCAGACCAGGGCCCAGCAAGCCCGGAGAAGGUCCUGGAGGAUGGAAACACUGGAAAUCAGGAUGCAUCCCAGGAGAGGCCACAGAGCGAUGGAGAGCUGCAGGCCUUGGACCCUCUGGCACAGCAGAUGACAGGGAAGGGCCACGAGGCAGUCGAGUCCCUGCAGGCCAAGACACUGAGCAGAGCCCAGGCCUCUAGUUCAGCAGCCGUGCUGAAGCCCCCAGCUGCCAGGGAUCCGGCAGUGAAUGGACAAGGUGAACUCAUCCCCUUGAAGAACAUUGAGGGAGAGUUGUCAAGUGCUAUCCAUAUGACCAAGGAUGCCACCAAGGAGGCUCUGCAUGCCACCAUGGACCUCACCAAGGAGGCUAUGUCCCUGACCAAGGAUGCCUUCAGUCUGGGAAGAGAUCGGAUGACCUCCACCGUGCACAAGAUGUUGUCCCUGCCUCCAGCCAAGGAGCCCAUGGCCAAGACAGAAGAGGGGGUGGCAGCCCCAGUGGGUGGAGGCGCUGCCCGACUCCGGUUUUUCUCCAUGAAGAGGACCAUGUCUCAGCAGUCAUUUGAUGGCGUCUCAUUGGAUAGCAGUGGCCCUGAAGACCGGAUCUCAGUGGAUAGUGAUGGCAGUGACAGCUUUGUGAUGCUCCUGGAGGCUGAGUCUGGUCGAGAAUCUGUACCACCUGGCUCACUUCCCAGUGUCCUGGAUGAUGCCGGAGUUCAAGGCAGCCCUGUUGUGGAUAAUUCUGGCCAGGGGUCAUCAGAAGCCAAUAGUUCGGUCUCACCCAGUGGGGAAGACCUCAUCCUUCAGCCGGUCUCAGUCCUGGUCCUGAAGGUGAAUGAGGUGUCUUUUGGGCUUGAGGUACGUGGUGAAGACCUGACUGUAGCCCUACAAGCAGAGCAACUGAGCCUUCAGCAGCUGGGCACCGUGGGACUCUGGCAGUUCCUGCAUGGGCAGUGCCCAGGCACAAGCUUUCAGGAAUCCUCCACCUUGAAGACUGACCACAUCAGACCAGCUGUGGGCCUUCGCUUUGAGGUGGGGCCUGGUGCAGCUGUUCACUCCCCGCUGGCUGCACAAAAUGGCUUCCUGCAUUUCUUGCUUCAAGGCUGCGAUGUUGAGCUGCUCACGUCGGUGCUCAAUGGCCUGGGGCCCUUCCUGGAAGAUGAGGAGAUCCCAGUGGUGGUCCCCAUGCAGAUUGAGCUCCUGAACUCCAGGAUCACCCUAAAGGAUGAUAUUCCCCCCAUCUAUCCAACGUCUCCAGGCCCUCUGCCCAUCACUGUGGCCAUGGAGCACAUUGUGCUGAAGCGGAGUGAUGACGGUGUGUUCCACUUAGGCGCUGCUGCUCAAGACAGACCACCAGCUGAAGUACCUAAAAGUGAGAAGAGGCAGCCCCCCAAAGAACAGGUGUUUCUCAUGCCCACAGGAGAGGUUUUUGGACAGCAGGUGCAAGAACUGCCCACCCUACAGAAAGAGCUUGAAGAAACUAAACAAGCCCUGGCCAGUGCCAACCAGGAUAAAGAAAGACUUCUUCAGGAGAUUAGGAAAUAUAACCCCCUCUUUGAGCUCUGAUGGCAGUGGCUCAGCCAUCUGUAUCACCGAGAGAGGAGAUCACCAGCAAUAGCACCACCUAGGUCAGAAGGCGACGUCUGGUGUUUGAGUACAUCUGCCAAGGAUGCAGAGCACCUGUGGGCGGGCGUGCUCCUUACCGGCUGUUGUGAUUCGGAUGGAGGACACGGCUAAGCAUGGCCGCGUCCCAGGAAACUAGGAGUAGCUCUGGGUGGCUCGCGCAUCAUGGCUUGCCUGUACAAAGCCUUUUGGCCUUCUGCGUACUAGGUGGCAUCUUCUCGACAUGAUAGGGCCAUUUCACCUCCUCGUUUCAUGUCAGAGACAUUUCCUUCCUUUGCAGCCUGUGUGAACAAGUGGAAAGUACCCACCUCCUCAGUGGCCCACAGAGUUACCAAAGAGUCAGUGUCCCAGAGCUUCCCAUAGCAGGCCUGAGAAGUCCUCGACUUAAGCUUUGCCUAGUGAGGGGGGCCGGGGAGCAGGAAAGGCACAGGAACAAGGGAGCCCGGGACUCUCCUUUUGUGAGAGGGGAUCCAACUCCUGUCAUCUGGGCAGAGGGUCAGGCUUCCUGUUAUACUUUCAUCAUCAUGGUGCUGUGAUAGUAGAAAGUAAACAACAGCAGUAGCUCAGUUCUAUCAUCCUUCCUCCGUUAAAGUCUAUUUGAAAUUUAAGUCAAGGAGUCUCCCUGAGCUGGGUUGAAGGCAUGAUGUGGUAGGGUUAAGCAGGGAAACUUGAUUCUGCGCCCCCUCCACUUGCCCACCUACAGCUUUGCCCCUCUUCCACCAUUGCACCCGAGGGGUUACUUCCUGUUCCUCUGGGGCCCUGGCACAUCUGCGUUCUCAGCACUGUGAUUUCCCAACAGUGCUCUCCUUAGCACUGGCUGGUUUGGAAACUAAAAAUGUGCUUUAAGUUUAAAAAUCUUAACCUGAUGCUUCUUCUCCCCCUCUCAUAUAAAAUCAUGUAAUUGUAACUUAAGAAAACAAAACCCUUCAACCUUUAUAGGUUUUGUCCCCGUCCCCAUAAAAGAGAGUAAUUUCUCCUCUUUCUUUCCUAUCCAACUCCAACUCUGUUUCAUCCCUUCUGCUCUGUUGUACACUCCAAGCUGUGUUGAUUGCACAGAAGUUCAUCAGCUGACUCCUCUUGACUCGGCAAGAUGGUAAAAUAAUAAUUUAUUGAUAUCAGUAAAGUCUUCAUCAUACAUGAGUUAUUGGAGGAAAUAUAAAGUGGUUUCUUUCAGAGGAAACCAUGCUCAGCUUGUGUAUUCUAGUUUUCUGAGGGUAAAAAGAAACAAGCAUUCAUGAAGAAACAAGAUCUAAUCUGUUCAGAUUUGUAAAGGACUUUGGCCAACUGUUUCCACCAAGGCAAAUUUGAAAACUGCUAUUAUGUGACUGUGGGUAUCUGUCACAUUUAGAAACCAACCUAGAGACUUAAGAAUAAAGAAACGUCAUUCUGGAGAUAAUGUUAGCAGGGGAAGUUCCAGGGGUUGGUGCUUAGUUCAGCCUUAUGUAAUAUUUUGUAAGUGACUUGAAAGUAAGAUUUUACAAUGAAAUCAAAUGUCACUACUUUCUGGAAGUUAAAUAUAGACCAGAAGAGACUUAAAAAUGCAAAACCAGAGCAAGGUCACAAGAAGCAGGCCCGUGAAAGCUCAGAAUAGCAACAGAUGAGGCCCAGCAUCCAGAGCGGAAGCAUUGUCAGGUGAUGUGGCAGAGAGCACUUUCAGAGCUCCAGAAACGGAAGUGCUGUCAGGAGGCGGCGGCUUCAGUGCUGCUCUGAACAGAAGUCUGACUGCUCUUUGGGUUCAUCAGGAAGGAUGCUGGGAGACAGUGGCCAAAACAGCACCCCUGCAAAACCAUGUUGUGUCUCAGAUUAUCUGUGCCUUUCUAGAGACCUCAUAAACUCUAUGGGGUAGCUAGGGAGAGUCUGAAGACCACAGAAGCUCCCAGGGGGCAGAUGUACUUCUUUAUGAAGACACAUCUUUGAAGCGUAGACUCUCGUUCUGCAAGGAUGAAAGCUGAGGGGAGUGUUAAUCCAAUAACUAUCCAGUCAUGAGCAAGGAGCUGGUCCUGCAGUGCUAGCUCCAGGGCUCUACCUCACAGCCUGGGGUAAAACGAAGCACUUCCUGUGGCGAGGCAGAAACAUGUCCUCCACGUGUACACAUGCGUAAGAUGGCUUAAGAGGAAUCCUUGUAUGAUGACCUCCCACUAGGAAUUAGAGAAAACUAGGGCUACUUUGUGAUGCACAACUGAGGUGACUGUCCCUCUGCAGGCUGCCCGUCAGUGCUUUUGAACGCUCAACCAAGGAGACCACUGGUUCUCCCCGGGAUGGCAGUUCUAAUGUCUAAUGUCCUUGAGAGGAGGGAGAUCCAGUAAGCAGGAAGUAGAAUUAUUCGACCCUAAGUUCACCUGAGCUGGUUUAAAAUCUCAAUUGUUCCCUCCUCCUCCUCCCCACCUGCCGUACCCCUCUGGCACCGCUCCAUGCAGGGAGCAGUCUAACAGGCAUUGCUUUGGGGUUCCUUUACCUUAAGCUGUGCUUAGGGGGAGGCGAUAGAAACAACCCAGCAAAUACUAAGGCUCAACAAGCAGAGUGCAGCCAGCUUUCUGGGCUCUUGUCUGUGUGACAAAUGGAGUCACGUGGACUUUCUUUAGUGGCAGCUUUGGCCAGUGGAUGUUGAAGUCCUUCAGGAAAUAUGGUGGGGAUCAAUAUUCCAUGGGAUUUUUGUAAAAAUUACAAAUAGUUUAAUAUUCCUGUUCAUUGGGAGAAGAGACUUUCAUAAUGAAGAAAUGUGAACUGGCGGUACUCUCCACUGUAAACGUAAACAAAGGAAGGAAAAAGUGCUGUCCGCUCUUUGAUACUGCUAGAUUUCUGCCUUGGAGCUGCAAGACUGACCGAGAAAGAACAAUACCUCAAGCAAAUGUCUGCCGUGAUGACACCACCACUCCUCUCGGACUCGUCACUGCACGCUGCCAUUUCAGCUGCGAAGCAUCUCUUACAUCUUAAUAUCUGUUACAGAUCUGUACUUUGGAUUUCCUGUUUACAUGGUCCUACUGGGGAUAUGCUUAGUGUAUGUGGACUUGCGUUUAAAUCUUGUCAAGAAUGGGUUCUAUUCAGAGGAUGGCUGCUCUUCACUGUCUGUUUCAGCUGCCCUCAUUUUGCCGUGGCCUCAACCUGUAUGCUUCCUUUUUCACGGUUCUGCGAGGAAUGAUUCCUAUACAUGAAAUAUGUGAGGGAUUAAACACCAUCACCCAGCCUUUAACUUAAAUGCUUCCAUUGAAUUCAUUUACAUGUUUCCCCCGAGAGAGAAAUGGGUAGUGAAGAAGGUCAUUUGAAAUAUGGCUACAGUAACAUGGGGAUUCUGCAUUUCCCAAACCUUUGCGCCAGGGUUUUUUAUACAAAAUGUAUUUAAUACGUAUCUAAAAAUAUCUGAAGCCUGCUGCAGUAAAAUCACAAAGCUAUGGAAACGACUAGACUUUGCCACACAAGCUAGUGUGAUGACAUCUGGCUGUAGAACUGUCACAGCUGUGUCCUCACCUCCUAACUUUCCAGUUGUCACUAAGCGUCGUCAGAAUCCGGAAUGGUGCACUGUGCUUUCCAGAGACCAGGGCCUUCCUAGUUGCCUCUGCCCCCGCCAGAAUAGGCACCUUCCCGCUCUCCUCUCAGAGGUAUGGACAGUAGCUGUCACCGAAUUCGGUUAUUUUCCCUGGUGCAAAGGGAAGCACUCCCAUGUAAUGCUUCUCAAUGAGGUUUCACUAAGUGACCAGACUUGGGCUUUAUUUUUCCCUUUUGUUACGUUUCAGCCUUAUCCAGCAUCUCUGAUUGUCAGCAGGUACAGUUCCUAUCACUGGUUUUAAGAAAUUCCUGUUAGAACUGCGAGAAUACCUUUGUUGUUGUGAAUCAGUUUUUGAUCAAGAUUUAGCUUGAGUCUUAAAGCACUUUUUCAUGGAACGCCCCACUGAAGUGUCUCCUCCAUUGGCUAAGUACAUGUCUGAAGCCGUGAGUUUUCAUGUAAGAUACUAACAGUCACAUUGCCCAACUUCAUGUGUCCACGCUGUUUCCCCACUCGGGGUGUUAAACAGAAUUGGGAUCAUUAAGACAUGCUCAGGAAUGCUUCAAAAGAGGACGGCUUCAAAACCCUUUUCCCGUGACACUGAAUGAUAGAGAAGAAUGAAUUCCAGGGGUUUGCCAACUAUAUACAGUCGCCUUAUAUCUGCUAAUCACUGUCAAUAAAUGGUCAAUGAUGGUCAAUCAAUGGUCACUCCAUUCCCCUCUGUUUGAGGAAAACAAUGAGAAUGUAUCUAAUGAACUGGAAUUCUGGUCAGUAUUGGAAAAUUUUAAUGUUGCAAUAGCUAAUCAAGCUGAGUGUACUGGUUCUGUGAACCACCUGAAAAAAAGCAAAUUAAACUUAUUAAACAAUAA